AUGGCUAAUUCAUCAGGACUCCUCAAACUAGGGACUCUUGUAAUGUUCGUAUCCAUGCUUAUCAUGAGUUUCUCCCAUGGAGGGCAAGCACAAAUCUCCUGUGACACUGUUGACAACGACCUGCUUCCAUGCCUUAGCUUCGUCCUGAUUGGAGGAAAAGUUGCACCUGCUUGCUGCAGUGGGAUUCAGACUCUACUCAGCCUGGCUAAGACUAAAACUGAUCGCCAGAGUGUUUGUUCUUGCUUGAAAUCUGUUGCUCAGAGUGCUACUGAUGGUCAGCUCAAGAAUGCUGCACAAAUCCCUCAUCUCUGUGGUGUUAAUCUCCCAUACAACAUUUCUCGCAACAUCGACUGCACAAAGUAA